ACUCAGCAGGGUAAUUUGAGCAAACGGGGGAAGGCGGGGGAGGGGAGAGGAAUAAAAACCAAACAGCAGUCAGUCAGUGGUGUGUGUGUGAGAGAGAGAGAGGGAGAGAGAGGGAGAGAGGGAGGACAGGAGGGAACAGAGACAGAAAAGACGCCCAGCCUCGCACGUGGAGGAACAAACGGAGCUUCACUUCAGAGAGAGGGAGACAACACUUAGAAAAAUAAGUCAUCGCUGCUUCCUCAUGGAUGUGGGGGUGAGACACAACAAUGCUCCUUGAGGAGCCCAAUAUGUGACUGUGGAGGCACAGGAAAGACGCGCUUUUUGUUCUCUACUGUCACUGACUGAGAGGAAAAAGCCGGAAAGUGGGCGCACAGGGAGAGAAGGGUCAUGGAAAACCUCUGGAGGAGGAGGAGGACGCAGGCGGGGAGGUGGAAAUGGCUGAGAAGCUCGCUCCUGCUUUGUUUAUUCACUGGUGGCACUGAGGCCCAGUGUGAAGGCUGUAUAGAGUAUUGCUGCGAUGGAUCGCCGCCUUUCUGCUGCUCCUACUACGCCUAUGUAGGGGAUGUCCUCUCGGGCACCGCCAUCUCCGGUAUCGUUUUCGGCGUGGUGUUUUUGAUGGGGGCAGUGGCUGCCUUGUUCCUGUGCGUGUGUAUGUGCAUGAAGAACGGGCGGGGAGCCCGGGUCGGCGUGUUCAGCACCUCCUACAUCAACACUGUGACCCAGGGUUAUCCAGGUCCUCCACCUCCAUACACCUACGACUACGAGAUGUACCCUCCCUCUCUGCGACCACCGCCUUACACCCCGACCCAGCCUCGGCCGGCCAACUACUCCCCUCCUCCUCCUUACCCCGGCUGUGCCCGCAAGUGAAUCCCCCGCCCCCUCUGCCACCCAGAUCGUCCAGCGGGCCCAGCUCAGAGGGUAGUCUCCUGGCCUGGUUUCUGCAGAACCUGGAGGUGGCUGGACCCACACAAAUAUCCACAUUAAAACAAAAAGGGUGGCCCAGUGCAAUAGUGCUCAGCCGGAGUCUGGACCGACUGAUGGGGAAGUGCAUAAUAAUUUAAAGCUGUGGGUCAGGAUGCCCAAAGAAGGCCCCAACAUGUGCACGUCCUGAUAGACUUUAACCAUUAGCAGCCCUGCUAGCCUGCAGCCAGUACUUCUUCCCCCACUAAUAACCAAUAUCCUUAUCCAUCCCCGCCUGUGCACAUCAAAGCCAGUGUGCCGCUUUGAUGAAGGUGAAGACCACUUUUGUCAGCAGUGGAGGGGAAGCUCACAUCACCAGAGGAGAAAGGUGUUUCCAGGAGACAACGAAUAUUCUGCUUUUAUGGAACAUUAUACACCACCUCCUUGAUUUAUGCCAGUAACUGAGGUGGAAGUUGAUGAUUAAAGCUGUUUUUAAAAAAGUCAGGUCUGGACCUGUUAUGAGUAGAAACAAAGACUUGAAUAUAAUGCGUAAUAACACUGACCUUUAAUGGCAUGGGCAGUUUGACAGGACUGAGGUAGUUGGGUUAUUGCCUUACUUGAAACAAUGUGAGGGUGAAAACUGAACUGGGGUCACAUCAAGUUCAGUUUGAACCACAGUGGAUUGUCUUUGUAAAGGAGAGAAACUGUAAAUCUUUUGCCUUUUAAGAGACGCUUGAAAAUUGUGAAGCAUUCAUCACUUGAAUUGCAGUUGUAGGCAAAUUAAGUUUUAUAAUUGGAGGUGAAUUGACCUCACUGUGCUACGACAGAUUCAUGUGAUGGAUGACUGUGAAUGAUGGAAGGGAUUUAACUGUAUUAAUAAUGAGUCAGGUAAAUGAUUAUUUUAAGUGUUUUCUUAUUGUUUCAGUGACUGUGUUGUAAAUUAAACGUGAUUAAAACGUGACUUUUUUUUAAAGUAUGAA